GAGGUUGCACUCAAGCUUGGAUUGAAGCAUCUGUUUUCUGCGGCGUUUCUUCUCCUCAUACUCAAAUUAUAACCCACCAAAAAGACAAUGAAUGGUUUAAUUAGAGCCGGUGUAAGUUGUCUGCGGACAGGAGCAGCACAUUAUCUAACCAGACCGGCCGGCGGACGCGUGUUAUCGGCCCCGGCCCGGUUCCUGUGUGCGUCUGCGGACCAGCAGAAGGACCUUGGCACGAUGGUGAAGAAGGACAAGGUGGUGGUUUUCAUGAAGGGGACGCCGGCACAGCCCAUGUGUGGCUUCAGUAACGCCGUGGUGCAGAUCCUCAGGAUGCACGGAGUGGACAACUAUGCUGCCUAUAAUGUGUUGGAGGACCAGGAUCUCAGACAAGGAGUCAAAGAAUUCUCCAACUGGCCCACGAUCCCUCAGGUCUACUUCAAUGGCGAGUUUGUCGGAGGCUGCGACAUCCUGCUCCAGAUGCAUCAGAACGGAGAUCUGGUGGAUGAGUUGAAGAAGCUAGGCAUUGAGUCUGCGCUGCUGGACGCCGAAAAAGAAUCAAAGUAGAAGGAAAGGACGGACUUCAAACAGCUGACGAAACAGAGGACACAUUUAACCGGUUGAACCCCACCCACACUCAUAACCCUCUAGGCAGCCAUACAGAGUGCAGAUGUGAGUAAAAGUGAUGAGUAUAAGCAGUUCUUAGUGGCGGCACUGUAUCCUGAGUCAGGGAUGUUUACGCUUUUACCGUUUUUAACACCUAAUUUAGGCUGUGAAGCAUAGCUCCUGCUGCACUGCUUAUACUCAAUUCAGACCCUCUAAGUACAGAUCUGAGGUAUAAAAAGUGUUUAAUAGCGAUCAGCCAUUAGAGAAAAGUAAUCAACUGCAUCUAGAAAGAGACAAAUCAUCUCGAUUUAGCAUAUUGUGCAUAAAACAUUUUUAAACAUUAAAUCACAGGCUUUUAGGGGCAUAAAAACACCAAUGAACUAAUGCCACUGUUACCAAGAAUCAUUUUACUAUGAGGUUGAACUGCUACUGCCAGAGGGCGACUGUCACGUUCGUCUCAUACAGUUCGCCCCCUUUUUUCACGGGCCACAGUCAGUUCAAUACCAAAUGACUCCUCAGGGUGCAGCGAGACUUUAUAAAGACCUUUAUAUCUCUGCUUGGCUCGCACCAAGACAAGAUGUCAUCACAUCAGAAACCUUUUCCAUUGCACUGCCUGUACUUAAAGGAAGAACAAAAAGGGGACAGUUCUGUCUUAAGAAAAAAAACAUGCUUGAGUUAUUGAAUAGAGCGGAUAUGGGUUCAUAUUUAAUAUAAAGAUGUGUUAUUUAAUGUCUGUCUGUACGUUUGUAAUGUUGAUGAGUAAAAACAGACAUGGACGACACCUCACUGACCUCUUUACACACGUGCACUGUUAUCAUGACUUCAGUGGAACCAGCAACAUUGUCCGCUAUUUGUUCUUCCCGCCAGGAACCGCAUUACAAAAUGUGCACCCUCUGUUUUUGUGUAUACACCCGCUGAAACGCAACAAACAUACCCCGAUACCUUCUUUUUUUUAAUGUCCUGAAGACGACUGAUUUACUAUACAUCUGGACGAGCAGGAGCAGGUAUAUUUAAAGUUAAAUGUGUCUGUCCAAGUCUGUGGUAUUUGUUAAUUUGUCUCUGAAACAAAUGAAUGGAAGUGCUUCUUUUUUUGUUGUUUUCUCACUGAGCCCACGAGUCCCUGACAUUUAUCGAUCAUAGAUGUUCAUCUUAUCUGCUGCACACAGCUGUAUUAUCAAAGCAAUGGUCAUGUAGUACACUGUAAGAUAUUGUAAAUUGAAAGCAUAUUAAAUGUAUUUUAGCUGCAUGUAAACCCAAAACCAAUUAAAUAUUUUGUGACACAAAA